AUGAGAUCUACGAUGAAUAGUUUCAGUUUACCGUGGAUUAUUCUCAUACUAAUCAAAUCAAUUUCAGCUGUUUCUUACAAUCAACCGAAAUUUUGUCCAAAUGCAACAUGGAAUGGUAAUGCAACGACUUUUGCACGAAGUAAUAUCGUUGGAUCAAUGCCUUCUUCGGUCUUCAUUACGAAAAAUAACACAAUUUAUGUGACUAAUUAUCAGUAUGGUAAAGUCAUAGUCUGGAUCGCAGGAAAUAGCACACCUUCAAAUACUAUAUCUGGUAAUUUACAAGAACCACUGAGUCUUUUCAUCAUGGAUGAAGGUGAUAUUUUGGUUGAUGCUGGUAAUCCAAAUGGUCUAGUAGCUAGAUUUAUGUCAAAUGGAACAGAAACUGCUCCUGCAAUGUAUGCCAGUUCGUACUGUAGUGGUCUCUUUGUUGACAUUAAUAAUACACUUUACUGCGCAAUGAACGUACUUCAUCAAAUUGUUAAAUGUUCACUAAGUAGCAGUUCAAAUACAACAAUUGUUGUUGCUGGUAAAUUUAACGAAAGUGGACCAAUGCCGGAUGAGCUCAACUAUCCUAAUGGAAUAUUUGUUGAUAUCAAUUUUGAUGUAUACGUGGCAGAUUCUGCGAAUUCCCGAAUUCAAAUUUUUCAAGCGGGCGAAUUAAAUGCAACAACAGCAGCUGGGGCAGGACUAAAUGGAAGUGUGACACUUAUCUAUCCUACAUCAGUUGCCUUAGAUGCUGAUAACAACCUCUAUAUUGUCGAUUUGGAUAAUAAUCGUGUUAUUGUAUCAGGACCAAAUGGGUUUCGGUGCAUCGCAGCAUGUUCAGGCAACGCUGGUAGUGGACCUACUAAAUUAAAGAUGCCUUCAUUUAUGGCUUUCGAUAGUUAUGGAAAUAUGUUUGUUGUCGACGGAAAUAAUAGUCGUAUUCAAAAAUUCAGUCUAAUAAGUAAUUCAUGUGAUUUGACUACGUCAGAUCCAACUACGACACAAUAUCAAACAGAGUAUAGAACAUCAAUUGAUAGCACAAUAAAUAAAAUAACGCAAAUCUCGUCAAAUAAGCAAACGACAGCAUCAACAAUUACAUCAACGGUAACUACCAACAUCACAACAAAAAUAGCAACAGCAGCUGCAGCAACGACAGCCGCAGUAAUACCCACCAAAACAAUAGCAACAACAGCUGCAGCUGCAGCAACAACAGCUUCUCAAAUAUUAUUUUCAAAUCAAAGUUGCUUUUCUCCAAAUGUUAUGAUCAGUCCGCCAGCACCAUCACUUAAUUCAUCACUGGAAAUACAACGAAGUCAAGAUAUUUAUUUCAUAUCACUCAUAGACUUAAAUUGUAAUCAAUCCUUUUCAGUCUCAACAAAAUGGACAAUUACGGCUUGUACAUCAAUCUGUUCUAGCCAAAUUGAAUUAGAUGAACAAAUCAUUACAACAUACAGCGAAUUGUAUAUUCCACUUGGAACACUCCAAUAUGGAAUCUAUAAAUUCGACUUAACAGUAACAAUGAUUGAUAUACCUUGGUUACAAACAACAACACCCGUUUAUGUUCGCAUUAUACCCUCACUUAUUAAAGUAAAUCUUGUUCAAUAUGGAACAUCAAUGAUCACAUAUGGAUAUAAUGAAAAUCUUUUGCUUGAUCCUGGCUCAUUUUCUAUUGACUUAGAUGAACCUUAUUUCAAUGCUACGAAUUGGGUAUAUAAAUAUUAUUGUCGAAUCUAUGGACAAUAUAAUUUUCCGAACUUUCAAGGUUCAUUAAUAACUAUUGAUAAUCCAAUGAUUAAUUCUUUAAAUUCAUCUUGUUUAUCAAAUCAAACAGGAUGGAAAUUUGGUAACUCUAUCAACUCAUCCAUCACAAUUCUUUCUCACUCACUUCAACCAAAUCAAACAUAUCAAUUCAUGGUUUAUAUGGAAAACCGCGAAAACUCUUCUCUUCAAGGAACUGGUUAUCUCCUUGUCGACAUUGAAGAUAAUCCAAGACAGACGAUCGGUAUUGGUUGUGUUAUUCAAACAAUGUGUGCUCCAAAUAUGGAAUUUCAAGCAGUUAAUCCAUCAACACAAGUUGCAUUGUUUUCUACAUGUCUCAACAAUUGUUCAACUAUUGAGAAUAUCACAUGGAAUAUCUAUACUGGAUCAAUAAAUUCAUCAUCAAAUGUCACCAGAUGGACUUUAUUCAAUCAAAUAAAUUUGUAUGAGAAUAUUUGGUUUUUUGGACGAAAUACAAGUAAUUUUACAUCAACAAAUCAAUUGUUUAUUGUGAAUUCACAAAUCAACCUUUGGCGAUUUGAAGUUCUUUAUCAAUUUCCAUCGGAAUCAAGUAGAAGUGCAUUGAAUUUCAUCAUCAAUCAACCACCAACUAAUGGUUCAUGUUCAAUUUUUCCAUUUAAUGGUACAACCAAUACUUUAUUCACAAUUUCAUGUCCGAAUUGGUUUGAUGAAAAUGGCAUCAAAGAUUACUCUCUUUAUUAUUGGACAAAUGGUUAUGUUAAACGAUCAAUUAUCGCUUUUUCAUUAAUUUCAACGUUCGAAGUUCGUUUACCAGCAGAUGAUCUGAAUACAUCAGUGAUUCAUUUGACUGUUUUUAUUCGAGAUCAAUUUGAUUGUAUUCAAGAAGUCAACAUCACAUCAGUUACAAUUAUUCAAGAUCUAUUAGAAAUCAAUAAUCUAUUAAAUAACAUAAAAACGAAUUCAACUCUUCGAUUAAUUUCAAGUACAAAUCAAAAUGUUGUUGGACAAGUAAUUUAUUCAUUUUCACAACAAUUAAAUCAAUUAGAUGGACAAAAUAUAGACAAAGCUCUUUCAAAUAACAUUUCACUUACUAGCGUCUCAAUUUCUCAAUUGGGUGAACAAAGAAUACAACAAAUGUCAGUGUUUGGAAAUAGUUCAGCUUUAAAUGACUUUAAUCAAAAAUUAAAUUCUCAAGCGAAUGUUCGAGAAUAUCUGAUGAAUUUUACUGACAAUCUUCCGAUAUUAACAUUAAAUAGUAUUUUAUUUCAGUCAAUUAUUCUCUCUGAAUUAACAAAAUCAACAAAUCAAUUGACACGAUUAUCAUCGAUAAUCGCAUCGAAUAAAUGCUAUCAAUUGGCUAAAAGUUUAAAUACAAUAUCAACAAAAAUAGCUUUUGAACAUGUUCAGAUUGGUGUUGAUCGAAUAACACAAUGUAUUACAAAUGUUUUAACUGCAAUCAAUGGGCCAUUACAAGAACGAACAACACUUCUUGAUUUGGAUUAUUUUCGUGCUAAUGACUUUCCUGUUGAUUAUGAUACUGAUUUGGAAUCUCCAUGGUCAAAUCCAAAUUUAUUUGCUAAUGGAAAUGAUUUUUCAUGGAAUACAAUGGAAAAAAAUCGAGAUCUUUAUUAUCAAAAACGAGCACAAACUCAAAUCAGUGAACAAUCAAAACAAACUAUCGCAUUUUUAACUUCUGCUCUUAAUAAUCAUUUAAAUAUUGGACAAAAUUUCACAAUAAAUUCAUCAUCUGUUUUUAUGUCAUUACAAACGACAACAUUUCAAUCAGUUUCAAAUGGAAUUAUCAAGUCGAUUGGCAAUGCACAAGUUCAACUUCCAUCAAAUAUGAAUUCAAAUGAUAAUUAUCUAAUUUCAUUUCGAUCAAUUGUUCAACCUCUUGCAUCAGCUGAUCAAUCUCCUUCGAAUUCUUAUACAAAUCUUUCGACAACAAUUUCAUUUUCUAUUCUUGAUCGAAACGGAAAUGAAUUAUCUUUUCCAACUUUAUCCAAUAAUCCAUACCGACUUAUAAUUCCACGAGAUGUUAAUCUCAUCCUUCCGUCAAUGACAUUACAGAAUGCCACUUCUAUGAAUGGUACACCUCAUCAUCUUUUGUUCAAUUUGCAUUAUGUUGAUUUAUCUCAAUUAAAUGGUAUUUCCGUAUCGAUUCAUAUGGAAAUGAAACCAUUAAAUUUAAGUCUGGGUUAUCUAUUGGUUUAUAAAUUUGAUAGUUCACCAGUGUUGAAUAGUUCCAUGUCUCAAAUUGAUCAUUGGUCUUUAUUUUGUCCUUCAAGUUCGCUAAACUUGUAUNCGAACUUUCAAGGUUCAUUAAUAACUAUUGAUAAUCCAAUGAUUAAUUCUUUAAAUUCAUCUUGUUUAUCAAAUCAAACAGGAUGGAAAUUUGUUAACUCUAUCAACUCAUCCAUCACAAUUCUUUCUCACUCACUUCAACCAAAUCAAACAUAUCAAUUCAUGGUUUAUAUGGAAAACCGCGAAAACUCUUCUCUUCAAGGAACUGGUUAUCUCCUUGUCAACAUUGAAGAUAAUCCAAGACAGACGAUCGGUAUUGGUUGUGUUACUCAAACAAUGUGUGCUCCAAAUAUGGAAUUUCAAGCAGUUAAUCCAUCGACACAAGUUGCAUUAUUUUCUACAUGUCUCAGCAAUUGUUCAACUAUUGAGAAUAUCACAUGGAAUAUCUAUACUGGAUCAUUAAAUUCAUCAUCAAAUGUCACCAGAUGGACUUUAUUUAAUCAAAUAAAUUUGUAUGAGAAUAUUUGGUUUUUCGGACGAAAUACAAGUAAUUUUACAUCGACAAAUCAAUUGUUUAUUAUGAAUUCACAAAUCAAUCUUUGGCGAUUUGAAGUUCUUUAUCAAUUUCCAUUGGAAUCAAGUAGAAGUGCAUUGAAUUUCAUCAUCAAUCAACCACCAACCAAUGGUUCAUGUUCAAUUUUUCCAUUUAAUGGUACAACCAAUACUUUAUUCACCAUUUCAUGUCCGAAUUGGUUUGAUGAAAAUGGUAUCAAAGAUUAUUCUCUUUAUUAUUGGACAAAUGAUUAUAUUAAACGAUCAAUGAUCGCUUUUUCAUUAAUUUCAACAUUCGAAGUUCGUUUACCAGCAAAUGAUCUGAAUACAUCAGUGAUUCAUUUAACUGUUUUUAUUGGAGAUCAAUCUGAUUGUAUUCAAGAAGUCAACAUCACAUCAGUUACAAUUAUUCAAGAUCUAUUACAAAUCAAUAAUCUAUUAAAUAACAUAAAAACGAAUUCAACUCUUCGAUUACUUUCAAAUACAAAUCAAAAUGUUGUUGGACAAGUACUUUAUUCAUUUUCACAACAAUUAAAUCAAUUAGAUGGACAAAAUAUAGACAAAGCUCUUUCAAAUAACGUUCCACUUACUAGUGUCUCAAUUUCUCAAUUGGGUGAACAAAGAAUACAACAAAUGUCAGUGUUUGGAAAUACUUCAGCUUUAAAUGACUUUAAUCAAAAAUUAAAUUCUCAAGCGAAUGUUCGAGAAUAUCUGAUGAAUUUCACUGACAAUCUUCCGAUAUUAACAUUAAAUAGUAUUUUAUUUCAGUCAAUUAUUCUCUCUGAAUUAACAAAAUCAACAAAUCAAUUGACAAGAUUAUCAUCAAUAAUCGCAUCGAAUAAAUGCUAUCAAUUGGCUAAAAGUUUAAAUACAAUAUCAACAAAAAUAGCUUUUGAACAUGUUCAGAUUGGUGUUGAUCGAAUAACACAAUGUAUUACAAAUGUUUUAACUGCAAUCAAUGGACCAUUACAAGAUCGAACAACACUUCUUGAUUUGGAUGAUUCUCGUGCUAAUGACUUUCCUGUUGAUUAUGAUACUGAUUUGGAAUCUCCAUGGUCAAAUCCGAAUUUAUUUGCUAAUGGAAAUGAUUUUUCAUGGAAUACAAUGGAAAGAAAUCGAGAUCUUUAUUAUCAAAAACAAGCACAAACUCAAAUCAGCGAACAAUCAAAACGAACUAUCGCACUUUUAACUUCUGCUCUGAAUAAUCAUUUAAAUAUUGGACAGAAUUUUACAAUAAAUUCAUCAUCUGUUUUUAUGUCAUUACAAACGACAACGAUUCAAUCAUUUUCAAAUGGAAUUAUCAAAUCGAUUGGCAAUGCACAAGUUCAACUUCCAUCAAAUAUGAAUUCAAAUGAUAAUCAUCUAGUUUCAUUUCGAUCAAUUGUUCAACCCCUUGCAUCAGCUGACCAAUCUCCUUCGAAUUCUUAUACAAAUCUUUCUACAACUAUUUCAUUUUCUAUUCUUGAUCGAAACGGAAAUGAAUUAUCUUUUCCAACUUUAUCCUAUAAUCCAUACCGAUUUAUAAUUCCACGAGAUGUUAAUCUCAUCCUUCCGCCAAUGACAUUACAGAAUGCCACUUCUAUGAAUGGUACACCUCAUCAUCUUCUGUUCAAUUUGCAUUAUGUUGAUUUAUCUCAGUUAAAUGGUAUUUCCGUAUCGAUUCAUAUGGAAAUGAAACCAUUAAAUUUAAGUCUGGGUUAUCUAUUGGUUUAUAAAUUUGAUAGUUCACCAGUGUUGAAUAGUUCCAUGUCUGAAAUUGAUCAUUGGUCUUUAUUUUGUCCUUCAAAUUUGACCAUUAACAAUAUGUAUACUUAUUUCAUCAAUAAUCAACUAACAAAUAAUCAUAAAUCUCUGAUUUUUGGUUUACGUGAACUGAACUCAACAGAAAUAUCUCAAUAUUGUACAACUCCACCGGUCAAUCCGCCCAUCACCGAUGCACCGUUUGAUUUUACAUCAGAUUAUGAACUUCGACUGUACACAUCUGGUUGUUACUAUCUUGAUUCAAAUAAUCAAUGGCAAUCCGAUGGAUUGAUUGUUGGAUCAUUGACAAAUACAAAUGAAACGGAAUGUUUUUCAACACAUUUAACAACAUUCGCAGGUGGAUUUCUUGUUUUACCAUCACCUAUCAAUUGGAAUUAUGUCUUUUUACAUGCGAAUUUCAAUCGAAAUAAAACGAUUUAUAUCACCAUGAUUUCUGUUUCUAUUCUUUAUCUUCUCAUUAUGAUUUAUGCACGUUUUAAAAAUAAAAAUCUUAUUGAAAAAUUCGGAGUCAUUGCUUUAGAAGAUAAUCGUCAAGAAGAUCAAUAUUGUUAUCAAAUUAUUGUUUUUAUUGACCACCGGAAAGAUGCAGAAACAAAAUCUCAAGUUCGAACAUUUAAUUAUUCGAAACAAAAUAUAUCUCAACAUGGUGAUAUCGAUUCAUCUGUUAUAACUGUUCCUAAAUCAUUAGGAAAAUUGAAUUCUAUUUGCAUUUGGCAUAAUAAUAAAGAUAAUUUAUUAGAGUAUUGGAAAUAUUUGAUCAUUUGUAAUCUACAAAUAUUAGAAAAAUCUGAUUUUAUUUGUCAACGAUGGUUUGCUAUUGAUAAACAUGAUGAACGAGUUGAACAUCUCUUACCAGUGUCAAAUGAAUUACCAAAACAUGAAUUUUUGUGUAUUUCAUCUAAAGAAGUAUAUUGGAAUAUUUCUGAAGAUCAUCUUUGCCUUACAAUUUCUUUUCAUUCACCUUCAAAUAACUUUUCACGUGUUCAACGAUGUACUUAUUAUUGUAUUCUAACCUUUACUUUAAUGUUAUUGGACAUUCUUUAUUAUAACCAAAUGAAUGAAACCAAUGGGAAAACUUCUUUAUUGUUUGAUCCGCUGUACACAACAUACGAACAGAUUGAAAUUGUCAUCAUUGUUGAAUUGCUGAUAUUUUGUUCAAGUCUGUAUUUCGUUCAAUUCUUUCGACAUAUUCAACUUCUUCUAACAAAUUCAUCGGAUAAAUCAAAAACAAAGAAACGAUUUCAAUUUCCUUGGUGGCGCUUUAUUUCAGCAUAUCGAUUGUUAUUUAUUAUAGGUUUUAUCUCAAUGUCCUUUAUUGUUGUCCAUAUAAUUGAGUUUGGUAAUUUAAAAACACAAAAAUGGAUAAUAUCAUUAAUUCAUCUGGUUGAACCAAUCAAGAUUUUUGCAUUAACAACUUUUUUCGUUUGUUUUAUUCGAGAAUCUGCUAAAGAGAAACAAGCGAAUGAAUAUUUCGUUAAUUUUCUUAUUUGUUCAAAUCAACGUUUUCAUCAGUUCAAACAAGUUGAUGGUUCGAGAAAUGAUUUUGUUCAUUUACGAGACAAUGAAAAGAUUUCAACAAUCCAUAAUUAUUGGAAUUUGUUCGGAAAAUUCGUGUUCAAUCAUGGUACAAUGGUGAUCCAUACCGAAAUCUUUCAACUUACUUUGAUGACAAAACAAAUCAAUCGAUCGAAUGGAUUAAAAUGA